AGACCAUUAAUAACUGGACUUGGUUCGCACCCAAAUUCACCAACAAAAAAGUCUGUAAUUUUUUGAGGAGGACGAGCUUAGACCAUUAAUAACAAUAGACAAUUCUAAUAAUGGUCUAAGGAAUAUUAGAAUGGCCAAGAAGACUACGUUCCACUUAGUUCCUAUGGAUCAGCAGGGUUAUUAUGUAACUCGGUGUACCAUUCAAGUAAUCAGUCACUACAAUUUUCAUCGUAUUUUCGUUUUUCGCAAUCAUCUAACAUUGUGUUUUCAACGAAAUUACAACACAAUUAUGGUAAUUUUACGAAUAUUUGUUUGUUUUUGAAAGAAACUGUCAAAGAUAGAGCUCAGUGUAUAUUAAUUUCAUGUACCGAAUCGUAAAUCUUUGAUUAAUUUACUCCUUGAGUCAGUGCAAUUUACUCUUUGGGUGAGUACCUACAGGUGGUUGACACCAAAGAGUAAAUUAAUAUGUUGGGUUGACACUGCAGAUGAGUAAUAAUUAAAUUGACAUUAAUGGUUUGAACUUGUUUGUGUAUUAAUACAAAAAUCGUUGAAUUAAUUGAAUUUAUAACUUUGACGAAUCAGAUAGAGAUAGAGAAACAAUAAUGCCGAAUGAUAGUGAUAUUAAGUCAAUCAUGUGUAUGUCCUCCCGGUCCGAGGGUAGCACAGUACCGCUGUCUCGUCUGCGCUGGCGGAACGCGCCCCUCCACGAAAGAUGUUCCAUGUCAGACAUGGCAAAGAUCAAAGAGGCCUUCCAACAGGCCUAUCUGAAUAAAAUUCUGCCAGGGGUAUUCAGAAGCUUAUUGAGGACAUUACUUAACGUGGAAUAUGACGACGAAGAGUUUAAUAUAUUAUUUAUGAAGAUAAAUACAUCCCGCACGGGUGAGAUAGACUGGGACGAGCUCGUUUCAAAUUUGCUUCUCGGAUACUUCGCCAACGAUCCUGAGAACCAGCGUGCCACGCUGCAGCUGCCCAUCAUGGGGCUGCCCACACUCAUGCGCUCACAGCAUCGCCAGCCCGUGUCGAGGAUAUGUUUCUGUCCAGACGUCGCUAAGGAAAGGACCUUUGAUCGGAGCACUGAUCCAUUGCAAGGAAAUUACAUGACGGUUAGCCGCGACGGCACGAUCAACUGGUGGUCUCUCGAGAUGUCGCUCUUGCGGACAGCGUACUCCUCCAGCCCUCACUUAAAGGUCCGCACCACGUGGGUGACGGACAUGGUGUGCCUGCCGGACGUCAACAUCGUGGUGACGAGCUCCACGGAGCGCGACCUGCGCUUCUACGACUGCACCGCCAAAACCUUCACCCUCAAGAUUGUCAUAACCAGUUGGGAAUAUAUGAUAUGCACAAUGCACUAUCACUUCUACAAAGAUCCGAACGAGCAAUCGAUCUUGAUCUGCGGCGACGCGGCCGGCUCGGUGCGGGCGCUGACGUUCUCGCCCGUUGAGCGCGGCCCCUUCCGCAACAAGCCCGGCCGCGCGCUCUUACAGCUGAGGCACGUUGAUCUGCAAAAGCGGCCGCGCCUGUUGCCAGAGUUGAAGCUGACAGAGAUGCCGCGCGUGCACAGCGACUGGGUGCGCCAGGUGUCGUUCUACGCGUCGCUGCACUGCGUCGUGUCGUGCUCCACGUGCGCCGACGCGCUGCUCAUGUGCGACCUGGCCGCGUCUAAGACACACAACCUGUUCCGGGUGGACAAGGGCAUCCAAUGUUUCGUGUUCGACGAGGAGGCGCACGUGCUGGCGACGGGCGGGCCCGACUGCACGGUGCGCGUGUGGAACCCCUUCGUGCCCAGCAAGGCCAGCGUGACGCUGCACGGCCACCACGCGGGCAUUACGGCGCUGGUGCUGCAGAGCAACGGCCAGAUCGUGUACUCGCUAGCCCGCGACCGCACCAUCAAGGUGUGGGACGUUCAGGGACAGGUGUGCGUGCAGACGUACAUCGACGUCCCGUCGCAAAUCGGCGAGCGCACGCCGAUCUCCGCGGUGUACAACCCCGCCACGCGCGAGUUCAUCCUCGCCGCCAUCAAGCUGGCGGUGCUGGUGCUGGACGAGCAGCUCAACCCGCAGCACACGGACGGCUUCACGCACUCGCGCGCCGUCGCCAGGGUACUCUACAACCCGCUGUUCAAGGUGGUCAUCACGUGCGGCAUGGACAGCAUCAUCAUCAACUGGGACCCUGUCACAGGCAAGCGCAACCUGCUGGUCCGCGACGCGCACACGCGGCUGCUGCACGGCGAGCUGAUCCCCGUGGAGAUCACCUCCGCCUGCUUCGACCCCGGCCACCAGCUGCUGCUCACCGGCGCCCGGAACGGUACCCUCAAGGUGUGGAACUUCAACACUGGCGUAUGCCUUAGAAACUUGGCAAUAGAGCAUAUGUGUGAAGUUACCAAUUGUUUUUGGGUUGAAGGAAGGAUCCUAGCGGUGGGCUGGAACCGCCACGUGACCGAGUUCGAGGACACGGGCACCAGCUCCAGCGGCAAGGCGUGGGAGACGCGCCACUCGGACGACGUGCUGGCGGCGGCCGCGCGCACGCCGCUCAGCCUCGCCACCGCCUCCUACAACUCGGAGCUCAUCUUCUGGAAGUUGGAGACUGGCCAGCCGUACAGACGCUUCUCCUGCACGGAGCCCAUGCUGCGCAUCAAGCUGCAGUACAGCAAGCGUGCCGCCUCGCCGCCGGCCGCGGCGUCCGGCACCGCCCGCCGCAGCACCUCCUCCAUGAUGCGCCCAAGCGUGUCCGUGGGCGGCGGGCGCGAGUCGCUGCGGGCGGCGGCCGCGGUACAGAAGGCGCGCGCGCGCCGCGUGUCCACGGUGACGCUGCCGCCGCGCGCGCAGCACAUGCGCCAGCUGGCCGUGCACGCCAUGCUCUUCCUCACCGCCCGACCCUGCCACAUGCGCGUCGCGUCCCUCGUGGUGAGUCUGGAGAACGGACAGGUGCAGUGCUGGUCGGACCACCCGGCCGGCGGCAUUCAGGGCGCCUUCCAGGGGAUUCACACCGUCGGCGACUACGUGUCCGCCUUCGCCUCGGACGUGGACAACGACUACCUGUUCACGGGCACCACCGCGGGGUAUAUCAAGGUGUGGCUCAUGAAGAACUACCUCCGAAAUGAAAAGGUGCACGUGAACAUGCCGCUCCUGCGGCUGACGUUCCCGUUCCUGUGGCGCGACCGCAUCGAGGGCCGCGCCAAGCGCUGCGUGCGCGACCAGCCGCUGCCGCUGCUGCUCAACAGCUACCGCGCGCACCUGCGCUGCGUCACCACGCUCGCCUACCUCGACGACCUGCGGCUCGUGCUCAGCGGCUCGUCGGACUACAGCGUGCGCGUAUGGCGGCUGUCGGGCGAGUACCUGCACACGCUGGGAAGCUUCGUGCCGUGGAGCCUGGACGUGACGCGCUUCCCGCCCGACGUCAGGAAGGUUGCCAGCUUCACCACCUUCAAGGUGUGGCGCGGCGGCUGGGUGUCGCGCUUCGUGCCGGGGCAGGUGGCGCCGGACCUGCUGCGCGACAUCACGCCGCUGGAACUGCGCACGCGCACGUUCGGCGCGCCCGCCGCCGAGCCGCUGCUGGGCCGCCACCUGGCGCUGCCGCAGCGCCCCGAGCCGCAGGCGCCACCUAAGCUCGACGACUCGCUGCCCACCAUACCGCUGUACACGCACCUGCGCAUGGCGUCGACGCAACCGGUGCGCCGCCCACCCACGCCCGAGCUGGUGCGCGCCACGCGCAUUCGCCGCGAGCAGCACCGCACCGCGCCGCGCACGCACUUUGAAGAGAGCGAAGAGUGACCUAGUUGAGGGGGGGAGGGGGGAGGUCUUCCAGUACAGUGUUGUUAUAUUAUUAUUUUAUAAUUAUAAUUAGCUUCUCUG